UUGUAUAACAGCAAACGUAGUUCUCUGUCCUCCACCAAUACCCGCUCCUUAUUGGUGGGAGUGUGUUCAAAAACGUCUUGCUCGCCUUUUAAAUUCAGGCGUUCGCUGCGGGUCUCAUUCUGGCAGCCGGGUCAGAUCAACGCAGACAAGAUGACAACGUACACAGACAAAGGCGAAAAGCAUGAGCACGGCAAGUUCAUCUGCUUCGAUCAUCUAACAUUCUGGGUUGGAAAUGCAAAGCAGGCUGCGUCGUAUUACUGCAACAAGCUCGGAUUUGAGCCGCUGGCUUACCGAGGCCUGGAGACGGGCAGCCGUGACGUGGCGUCCCACGCAGUGAAACAAGGGAAGAUCAUUUAUGUCUUCUCGUCUGCUCUGAAUCCUGGUAACAAAGAGAUGGGGGAUCAUCUGGUGAAACAUGGGGAUGGAGUGAAAGACAUUGCAUUUACAGUGGAGGACUGUGACUUCCUGGUUCAGAAAGCCAGUGAGCGAGGGGCAAUUAUUAUCAAAGAGCCCCACACUCUGGAGGACAAGAACGGGAAAAUCCGGCUGGCUGUGCUUCAAACGUAUGGAGAUACCACCCAUACGUUUGUGGAGAGGAAAGGAUACAAGGGAUUGUUCCUGCCCGGUUUCCAUCCCCCUCUGUUCAAAGACCCUUUACUACCCAAACUACCGAGUGGAAAACUGGACUUCAUCGAUCACGUUGUGGGAAACCAAUCAGAUGAUGAGAUGGUUCCAAUUGUAGAAUGGUAUCAGAGGAACCUCCUCUUUCACCGCUUCUGGUCGGUGGACGACAAACAGCUCCAGACAGAAUUCAGCGCCCUGCGCUCCAUUGUAGUGGCGAACUACGAGGAGACGGUGAAGAUGCCGAUCAACGAGCCUGCCAAGGGGAAGAGAAAGUCUCAGAUCCAGGAAUAUGUGGAGUACUACGGAGGUCCAGGAGUGCAGCAUAUCGCCAUGAACACGUCAGACAUCAUCACAUCAAUUCGCAACCUGAAGGAGCGAGGGACGGAGUUUAUGACAGUGCCAGAAACUUACUACGAUCAGCUGAGGGAGAAGCUGAAACAUUCAAAGGUCAAAAUCGCCGAGAACCUGGACGUCCUGCAGGAACUGAAAAUCUUGGUGGACUAUGAUGACAAAGGUUAUUUACUUCAGAUCUUCACCAAGCCAGUUCAGGACCGUCCCACGGUUUUCCUGGAGGUCAUUCAGAGACACAAUCACCAGGGCUUUGGUGCAGGAAAUUUCAAGUCUCUUUUUGAAGCCAUUGAGGCAGACCAGCAUGCUCGGGGAAAUCUGACCAUCCUGACACCAAACGGAGACACAAAGAGCAUGUGAAGCAACCCAUUAAUGGUUUUUGCAUCUUAAAAAACCACAAGAAUUAUUCUUAACAAAUAGUACUGAUCAAGUUCCCAGUGAGUUACUCCGUCCAGUCUCUGAUAAUAAAAUGCACAUUGAGCACCUGGG